AUGACAAUCGCGGAGAACGCGGCGGAGUCGAAGAGGAACUCGAUGGUAGUUCCUAACGCGAAUGACGUGGUCCUUGAUCGACAUCCUCUGACCGAGGAGCCGCAACGAGGUCCAGAAGAGACCUCGAAUUCAAGCACGGAGGACAACCCGCUUUUAGUGGCCGAUCGGAAGAAUUCGUCGGUGAAAAUUGACAUGUCGAUCACGAAGUCGAAGAAGACGGACAAGGAAGAGGACAAUCAGUUGUCGAUGGUCACCGUGAGGAAGAAUGUUGACGAUCGAGACGCGAUCGUCCCACCGGAUGGUGGCCUGAGAGCAUGGAUGAUCAUGAUUGGCAGUUUCGUUAUCAACGGUGUUCUGUUUAGUGUCAUAAAUACAUACUCAUUGAUCUACAUCGAGUUGCAGAAGAGUUUGCUAGAAUCUGGAGAAACGGCGGCAUCCUCGAAGGCGGAAACUGUGGAAAGCGGUCGUGCCUUUGUUUCAGCCUUGGUAGGGUCGUUAACCAUCGGCACAACGUUCUUUUUAUCACCGAUUUCUGGCAUUCUCACCGAUAAAAUUGGCAUUCAGAUGACCACAUUUUUGGGCGGUGCUGUCGCGUCCAGCGGUAUGCUUCUAUCCUCACUAUUUUCUAGCCAGGUGUCAUUACUAUAUUUGACCUAUGGAGUGAUGUACGGACUUGGUGCUAGUCUUGCCUACACGCCGAGUCUAGCAAUCCUGGGCCAUUACUUUAAAAGAUACUUGGGCUUGGUCAAUGGCAUCGUCACGGCUGGAAGCUCCAUAUUUACCACUCUCAUGCCGUAUUUGAUGCAAGCCAUACUCCGCCGUUUCGGCCUCGACGGCAUGUUGAGAUUCUUGGCUAUGCUCACCGCGAUUAUCAUGGCUUGCGCUAUCCUUUUCAAGCCAAUUCCACUUACCCCGGUGUCGCAGCAGCGAUUGAAGUCCAAGUCGAGCUUCAAAACCUGCCUGAAACAAGUGAUAAACGUCUCGAUUUGGAGGAGGAAACGAUACGUGGUGUGGGCUAGCUCGAUUCCUCUCGCUUUGUUC